GGAGGGCGCGGCGCAGUGCAUCCUGGGUCGGCGUAGCCAUGGCGUCUCGUGUCCUUUCCGCUUGUGUCCGCCGACUGCCCGCGGCCUUCGCGCCGCUGCCACGGCUUCCCACGUUGGCCGCGGCCCGGCCGCUCAGCAUCACCCUGUGCCCCGCGGGGGCCCGGACGAGGCCUGGGGCUCCGCAGCCAGCCUCGGUGCUCGCGCAGGUUCCAGUGACACAGUUGUGCCGCCAGUACAGUGACGCACCCCCUCUGACGUUAGAGGGGAUCAGGGACCGUGUUCUUUAUGUCUUGAAACUUUAUGACAAGAUUGACCCAGAGAAGCUCUCGGUAAAUUCCCACUUUAUGAAAGACCUGGGCUUAGACAGUUUGGACCAAGUGGAAAUUAUCAUGGCCAUGGAGGACGAAUUUGGGUUUGAAAUUCCUGAUACAGAUGCGGAGAAGUUAAUGUGUCCACAAGAAAUUGUAGAUUACAUUGCAGAUAAGAAGGAUGUAUAUGAAUAAAUCAGACCCCCUUUUUUCACUGAGAGAGGAGUCGGAAGAUGCUGGCGAGUGUCUGGAAGUGAGAACGCGUUUUGGCAUUAUUGCUGCCUUUGACAGAGUAAUUCUGUUUAGACUUGUAUUUAAACUGUCUGUUUUUUCCUUUGAAAAUAAAUCUAUAAAGCCAA